UGUCUGCGUAAGUAUUCACACAAAACAUUCAUAGAACUGCAGCACAGACUUGUCAAUUUGACAAUGAAUAUUUAAAAAAAGAAAAACUUUGAUUGUUGCAUUAAUAUUUAAAAAAUGAGACCAUGCUUGAUGUGGCUUAAUGGAUUAAGACAGUGAUGAAAAUAAUGCAUCAUUAUUUUAGCUCUUGUUUUUAUCUUAGAUUAUCUUAGAUGUGAAGUCAAAGUGAAGCCAAGUUUUUGUAUGGAUGGCAGACUUCUUAUUCACGUGCUAAGAAAAAAAAAUUAGAUUAUCAAUAUAAAGACAUUACUGCAUGGUUAUGUAAUAUAUAAAUGUGUACAUCAGUUCAGUUUGCAAUGGAUAGCAGCUUCAGAAGAGGAAAUGGAUGUUUUUUGUGGUGUUUUUUUAUUGGUUAUCCUCAUCAUUUCUAGCUGUUUUCAACUGUAUGUUUUGGCAUCAUUGAUUUGGCCACUAGAGUAUCAUCAUUUGCCACUAGAUGGCCAGAGACCCCACUGAGCUCCCAUGCGUCCUUUAAAGUCCCUUUAUUGUUUCUGUCAAAGGUAAGUCUGAAGAGUUUAACAGAGGGAAAUAAUGUGUUUUUUUUUUUUUUUAAAUGCCCGAGGCCUUCAUCUUUUCUAUUUUUUUUUACCUUUUGAAUGAGGAAGUUAAGAAUAGAUAAAUCUCAGAUAACCGCCUCAAAUUACCUGUUUGACUGACAUUCCAGAGUGUGCUUCCCAUUCACGCUUGCAUUUUAAAAACCCAACAUCAAUGUCAUCCGUCUGUCUUUCUCCUGAUGGAUAGCUAUGAACUUGAGGCAAUCAAAAUGCCCAUAUCCUCCCCUACCCCCAAAUACGCUCAAUCUGUGUGUUCUUCUAUCUUUAGAAAAAUAAAAUAAAUAAAUAAGAAAAACUGUUGCAUAGUUUUGCUGAAGAUUCACUCCGGGGGCGCAGCAAUAAAAGCGUCAAGUGUCUCAAGUUAUUGAAAUUCUUUCUUCCCCCGCGCUUGUCUAGAGUGAGUCAAUGACUCGCUGUAUUUUUAUCUUUGCUUCUAAUCUAAGGAGACUCUGUUAUCUCAGGUAUUUCAUCCUAUCUUAUGACGCAUUCCACCUGAUAAAGUGAUUCCUGUAUGCUUUACUUUGCCACAAGUAUAUGGUAAGAAUCUUAGAUAUUUUUAGCAAAAAACCCAUAUUGACAAAUUUGUAAAAAAAUCUUUCCAAUGAUGCAAAAAAUGCUUUUGAGGGUUUUUCUUUGAGAGGACUGCUUUCUGAAUGCAGCCAUGUCCGUAUUUGAGCUGCGAAGGGGGCAGAAUCAUUGUUGUGGAACUGCAGGAUGUCCUGAGGAAGAAGUCAGCGUUCCUUUGCAGGGGCCACUGAGCCGCCCGCCUGCAUUCAGAAGCAGACAGGCAUGCACCAGGAGCCACGCACCUCUCACGCUCUCGUCUCCAGUGCCAUCCCCUCUGCUCACUUGCUAGCUGCGUGAACGUCAAGGAAGUCAAUAAACAAAACAAAGACACAAUAUUUGGCGAGAUACACACAUCAAUCGAUACUUUGGCGUUCACCUUUGGCAAUGUAGUGUCUGACUUCCUUAUGGAAGAUGUGGACAGUGGCUCCAGGUUGGGGUACACCCAAGCCAGAAGAAGUCGUUCUUUUGAAAACCUCUCUGAAGAUUCAGGAGGCUGCAAUCUAAAUGAUCUGGCAGAUCCCGCUCUGUCCCCAGAGCUGUCCACCGUGGGGCAGGUGGACCUCCUUCUGCUGAAGAAUGAGAGUGGAGUAGAGUCGGCUUUGCUCUACGCCAAGGCCUGGUCCAAAUACACCAAAGACAUGUUGGCCUGGGUAGAGAAACGCCUCAGCCUGGACAUGGAAUGUGCCAGAAGCUUUGCUAAGAUGGCAGAAUCGGCAAAGGCAGUGGCAAGCCAGCAGGACUUCAUGCCUUUCCGGGAUAUUUACGUCUCUGCCUUUAAAAAUGAGAUUGAGUACAAUCAGGUUCUGCUCCAAACAGCUGGAGCUCUACAAACCAACAAAUUUAUACAGCCACUGCUGGCCCGCAAGAACGAUCUGGACAAGCAGAGGAAAGAGCUAAAGGAACAAUGGCAAAGAGAGCUUAAGAAAAUGAGCGAGGCCGAGAGCGCUUUGAAGAAGGCUCGGCUGCUGAAGGUGCAGAAGAAGGAGGAGUACGAGAAGGCACGCAGCUCCACCAGCCGCACUGAGGAGGAGCAGCCAACAGCAGGAGGCAGGACACUGGAGAAGAAACGAAGGGUGGAGGAAGAGGCCCUACAGAAGGCAGAGGAAGCGCAGGAGCUGUAUAAAGCGUGUGUGGCCGAUCUAGAGGCGAAGAAGGUCAGCCUGUCAAACGCAAAGAGUGAGAUCCUCACUCAGAUUCGGGAGCUGGUCUUCCAAUGUGACCUGACCCUCAAAUCGGUGACGGUGAACUGGUUCCAGAUGCAGCAGACUCAGACCCAACCUCUGUCAGUCAACUACCAAGCUCUAAGUGAACAGGCCAAAAAGUAUGAGCCGGGCCAGCACUACUCUGAGUUUGUGUGCAGCCUGCCUAAAGAGCGUGUGUGGCUGGAGUCUCUGUCUCAGGACUUUACCACUUCCUCAAAAACGGGAAUGUCCCUUCAUAAGAGGUCUCAGAGCAGCACCCGCUCAUCCCAUGGGAACCUGUCACAGAGCUCUGUUACUUCGGCAGAUAAUCACAGUGCAGAUGAGGUUGAGGGUGCCAUACAACCCAAGGCCAAGAUCGCUGAGAGACGAUCCAAUAGCAGUUUAGACAUGCAAGUGUUGAGUACGCAGGGCUCCCAGCGGGCCUGGAGCUUGGGCAGUGCCAGUGGAGGGGGCAUGUGCAGUGACUCAGAAAGUGCUGGAGGAAGCAGUGAGUCUCGCUCAGUGGACUCCCCCACAGCUAGUCCAGGGGAUUUCAAACGCAGGCUUCCCAGAACGCCCUCAACUGGUACCAUGUCUUCUGCAGAUGACCUGGAUGAGAGGGAACCACCUUCCCCAAUAGAUAAUGGCCUUGCUGAGAUGGUGAUUGAAGUGGCCAGUUCUCCCGGCCCUUUCCGUAAUGCUCAGAUGUCAAAAGCAGCACAAACUCACAAGUUGCGGAAACUGCGAGCGCCUUCCAAAUGCAGAGAGUGUGACAGUCUGGUGGUGUUUCACGGGGCUGAAUGUGAGGAGUGCUCUUUGGCCUGUCAUAAGAAAUGCCUGGAGACUCUUGCCAUUCAGUGUGGACAUAAGAAGCUCCAGGGCAGACUGCACCUGUUCGGGAUUGAAUUCGCCCAGGUAGCUAAGAACAGUCCUGACGGCAUCCCCUUUAUCAUCAGGAAAUGCACCUCAGAAAUCGAGAGUCGUGCCCUGAACAUUAAGGGCAUUUAUCGGGUGAAUGGGGCGAAGUCUCGUGUGGAAAAGCUGUGCCAGGCCUUUGAGAACGGAAAGGAGUUAGUGGAGCUUUCUGACCUCCACCCACAUGACAUAAGCAACGUGCUCAAGCUUUACCUGAGACAGUUGCCAGAGCCAUUGAUUCUCUAUCGGUAUUAUAAUGAUAUGAUCGGGCUGGUGAAAGAGACUCAGAACAUGGGCGAGACUGACUCGACCAAAGAGACAUCACCAGGAGAGCAGCCGUGCCUCAGUAUUGAGCUCAAAAGAGUCCUCUUCAAAAUCAGAGACCUCCUUCGCCAGCUUCCUGCCGCCCACUACAAAACCCUGCAGUUCCUCAUCACCCAUCUGCACAGAGUGUCGGAGCAGGCUGAGGAGAACAUGAUGACCACUAGUAACCUGGGUAUCAUCUUCGGUCCGACGCUCAUCAAGCCCAGGCAGCUGGAGGCAGAAGUGUCGCUGUCCUCUCUGGUUGACUACCCCCACCAGGCCCGAAUGGUGGACCUGCUCAUUAGGCACCACCACAUGAUCUUUGAUGCCCCCCUCAGCCCACCGGUGUCUCCCACCAGUCCGACAGAACCUCAGCCAGCACUCAGCCGUCACUCCAGAUCGCUCAUGGAUAUCAAAGAGAGUACAAAAGCCUCCAAGAGACACUCGUCCGUGAUUACCUCUGCACAGCUGAGGGAGGAAGUGAAGGAGAUGAAGACACGGGAUGAUAAAGUGCAAACACCUGCAGGUGAGGGCUCAGAUGUCAAUGGGGUUGGCUCAGCUCCUGUGGACAUGCAGAAGUCCACAUCUGUGUUCAGCCGGCCGAGUGCCAGCAGCCGAGGGGUGCAACUACGUCCCCAGCGCUCCAAGCCAGUGUCUCGACCCAUCAGCAUGCCUGUGGAGAGACUGCUCAGCGAGUGCAACAGCUCCAGCGCAGAGGAGCGUGAACCCUCGCCGGCUGCCAUUCAGGAGACGGCUGAACCGGAGAAGCCUUCAACACCUCGUCCCAGCAGCUACUUCAGGAACCCGCUAAUCGACACUCAGUCGCUGAGGAAGACCUGGGACAGACAGUACAGGAAUUAUGAUGUGACGCCCAGAACUGCAAUGAUAGUGGCCAACCUGUCUUCCUCCAGUGUGCCAAAAACGUCAGAAAUGAAUGUUGUACCCCAAAGUAGUGGCAAUAGAAAAGAUGGUCCUAGCAAUUCCGGGGGGGCUCCGAUAUCCUUCCGAGCGCCACGGAUACUAAAACCCCCUUCUGGAACGUUCUAUAGACCUUCAUCAGUAAGCCAAAUCAGGUCAUCUGACUCCGUUUCAGCUGCUACAACCACUACCACAGGAGCUGUAUACACAACAGCCAUUACCAUAUUAAACACACCAGCGGCCACAUCAACAGUGACGACAGUCUCCACAGCAGUAGCGACUCCCCCAUCCACACCAACAGCAUCAGUGACUGUCGCUCUAAAAGCCAAGCGGACUUUAACAGGAGCAGCAGAGGAAGGACUGUCAGAGAGCGACUCGAUCAGCCCCGUCACUCUCUCUCCGCCUCAGUCUCCAAGCUCCAGCGCAGAGGAGCUCAGCCCUACGGACUCCAAACCCCUCUAUCAGAGGCGCACUCGCCGAAUGCAGGAGCUAGAGCAAAGACAGGCCCGUUUUGUUUAAAAAAAUACAAUAUCAAAUCCUGGAUGGAUUUUCUCACGCUUGGUACAGUAUCCUAUAUGUGACACUCAGAAAGUGACUGAUUCCUCCACAGGCCUCACUAGGUCAAUAUUAAUAGUCUAGUAGACCCGUCUACGGCUUUAUUUGUAUGUAUUUGUAUGUAAGCAGUCUUUUGCUAUACUGUAUAUAUGAAAACUGUUUUAAUAUCCCUUUGAGAAAGGGCAAACAUAUUAGGAGAGAGGUGAAACAUCUCCAUGAAGUUUUCUGGAUAGCUGUUUGUUAAUGUCUCUUUAUUAAGCUACCGUGCGAGCCAGAAAUAUCAGCAGAGGUCCAAAACAUUUGUGACAUUCGCUUAUCCGUAAGUGAGCACCCGUUUCUAUUAUUUUCGGAUAUCGUUUCUGAACAUUCAUGCCAAAUGUGUCUUAUUCUUAUUAUCUCCAUCAAUGUGAUAAGAUGAGGUUUCAAGAGACACUUCUAUAUCAGUAAAUAAUCAGCUAUAUUAAUGUUAUUAAAGAUAAAAAAGUUCUGUGUGAUAAUUGUAUAAACUCAACAGGAAUGUGUCAAGUAUUGUCUGUACAUUUAUACCAACUUUCUCAUUUUGAUGCACAUGCUAAGCCUAACAUGCAUUCAGUGCUGUGGCACCGCAUCAUCGCUGGCCUCGCGUGAUGUAAUGCAGUUAUUGCUAGCUGUGGUAUUUGUUUUUUUGAUCUUGUCUUUUGGAAACACUCCUGCUUAUGCAACAGCGUUUUAAGCUGCGUAAGUGCAUCUGUUUCUGUCUGAUUUCAGAGUCAUAUAUGCAUUUGUUUACAUUUUUUACACAUAACCUACUGCCAUAAAGAUACAUCUAUAUCAGCAAUUCUUGAAGACAUGCAAAAUGUUUGCAGAUUAAAUAUUUAGUUAAAACUA